AUGGCAGAACGUGUGUUACUCACUCCUUCACUCCCUUUACCAUCUCGACCUUCAGUUUCACCAACCAAAAUGGCUACUAUUACUGGCGGCGCCGCCGCUCGUAUCAUCCCCUCCGCUACCAGAGCCACCGUAUCACUCUCCUCUUCUUCCCGUUCCUUUUUCUCAUUUUCAUCCACUUCUAGUUCCGUUUCCUCGCUCAAAUGCUUGCGGUCCUCGCCUCGCAUUUCUCACCUAUUUCUCGAUCAGCGAAGAUCAGAGGUUCGUGUUUCGAGUGGACGGUUCGGAACGGUUUCGGCCUUGGCGUCUGAUCCUGAUCAAUUGAAGAGCGCUAGAGAAGAUAUCAAGGAGCUUCUCAGUACUAAAUUCUGUCAUCCUCUUCUGAUUCGCUUGGGAUGGCAUGAUGCUGGUACUUAUAAUAAGAAUAUUGAAGAGUGGCCACAGAGAGGUGGAGCCAAUGGUAGCUUAAGAUUUGAAGCUGAGUUGAAACAUGGAGCCAAUGCUGGACUUGUAAAUGCAUUGAAACUUCUCCAGCCGAUCAAAGACAAGUAUUCAGGCGUGACAUAUGCAGACUUAUUUCAGUUAGCUGGUGCUACAGCUGUGGAGGAAGCCGGAGGCCCGAAAAUUCCCAUGAAAUAUGGAAGAGUAGAUACCUCUGGACCUGAGCAAUGUCCUGAAGAAGGACGACUUCCUGAUGCAGGCCCCCCUUCACCUGCCGAUCAUUUGCGGGAAGUUUUUUACCGAAUGGGAUUGGACGACAAGGAAAUUGUUGCAUUAUCUGGCGCGCACACACUGGGUCGAUCUAGACCAGACCGUAGUGGCUGGGGAAAACCUGAAACUAAAUACACGAAAGACGGGCCAGGAGCACCUGGAGGACAAUCCUGGACCGCACAAUGGUUAAAGUUUGACAAUUCUUACUUCAAGGACAUCAAAGAAAAAAGGGAUGAAGAUUUAUUGGUAUUGCCAACUGAUGCAGCUCUUUUUGAAGACCCUUCCUUCAAGGUAUAUGCUGAGAAAUAUGCUGAAGAUCAGGAAGCAUUCUUUAAAGAUUAUGCUGAAGCACAUGCCAAACUCAGCAACCUUGGAGCCAAAUUUGAUCCUCCUGAGGGAAUUGUGAUAGAUGGUUCUCCAAAUGUUAAGGGAGAGAAGUUUGUAGCAGCCAAGUACUCCUCUGGAAAGAGAGAGCUGUCCGACGCUAUGAGGAAGAAGAUACAAGCUGAGUAUGAGGCAGUUGGCGGAAGCCCAGAUAAGGCUCUAAAGUCAAACUAUUUCCUAAACAUCAUAAUUGUCGUUGCAGUUUUGGCUAUUUUGACAUACCUGUUUGGAAACUAA